AACGAACCCCUCUGUGCCCCCCCACAGAGGACGCCCUCAUUGAGCCGUCAGUGUCACCGCGCGCCCUCCGUGGCCGAGUCCAUGGCCGAGUACUUUGACGCCAGCGAGGUGAUCGUGUGUGAGAGCUCUUCAGAGGCCGAGGCUUCAGAUGAGUCGGGCCUGAGUGACAUCACCACCACCAGCAACUCUGAGCCUGACGAGGGGCACACCACAGCCACCCUCAACUACAGGGCCAGUCUGAGCACCGCGGACAACCCCAGCCCAGUGCUCACUAAUACUGGCCGCCGCACGGUCCUCCCCGCCACAGGAGCAGGCAACAGCCACAUCGGCAUCAUGAACAUCCUGUACAACAACAUUGGGAAGGACCUGUCCAGAAUCUCCAUGCCGGUGGCUCUCAACGAGCCGCUGUCUCUGCUGCAGAGACUCAGUGAAGAGCUGGAGUACUCGGAGCUGCUGGACAUCGCCAACACCAUCGAUGAUCCAUACGAGAGGAUGGUUUACGUGGCGGUGUUCUCCAUCUCUGGAUACGCCUGGGCGUCCUGGAGGAAUCGCUAUAAACCCUUCAACCCUGUUCUGGGAGAAACAUACGAGAGUCACAGAGCAGACCGGGGCUUCAAAUUCCUCAGUGAGCAGGUCUGCCAUCACCCGCCCCUCUCUGCCUGCCACGCAGAGUCAAAGAACUUCACUUUCUGGCAAGAUCAAAGAUGGAAGAACAAGUUCUGGGGGAAGUCUAUGGAGGUCAUCUCUUCUGGACUGGUCAAUGUUUCCCUUCCCCGGUACGGUGAUCACUAUGAAUGGAACAAGGUAGUGACAUGUAUACACAACGUGUUGAGUCAGGAGCGCUGGUUGGAGCACUACGGAGAGGUGGUCAUCAAAAACACAAAGGACGACAGCUGCACCUGCAAAAUCACCUUUGUCAAGGUCAACACUCUCAUUCAUUAAAGGGGACCUAUCAUG